AUGGAGGUGGAGGUCUCAGGUGCGAAACCGAUCGGUGUUGGAAUUGAGAGGGCGAAGUCAGAGAGGGAUCGGAUUCGGGUGAAGAGGAAGACCUUGCAGGAUGUGCUUGAGCAGUGCCAGAGAACUCUUGAAUUGCUUAGUAACACCGGCUUUGUUGAUGAUAAAAACGAUCAAGAAGAUGACAGGAAUGUAGAUGCCGAUGAUGCAGAGGAGACCGGUAUGGCCUCCUCGGUGCCGUGUCGUGAUAACGAAACCGAAGAGUUGUGCGAUCUCCUGAAGUCUAGGGUGGAAUGCCCUGAUUUUCUUGAAAAGCUAGAGAGUGAACAGGCAUCCGUUCCACACAAUGUCGCGGAAGAAGGCAGUUCCUGGGACAUGGUUGGCGAAAAUGAUAUUUGGGAAGGAGGGAAUAAUGAGUUAGAUACAGAAGAGUAUGUGCUAAUUAGGCAAGAAGAUAUAGUGGAUGGUAUUGCAUGCUUCAUGGCUGCCUAUCUGUUGUCCCUUAAAGAGGCUAAGGAUUUGACCCCGAAUCAGCUUCAGGAUGCUCUGAGCAGGACAUUCUCUGUGAAGAAGAAGAAGGGAAAGCUUCGGAAGGCAUGGGAUGGAAGCAAGGUCAUAUAUAACGUAGCAUCCUGGGGUGCUACAGCCAUUGGGAUUUACCAAAAUCCUGCCCUUCUUAGGGCCGCCUCAGCAGCAUUUUGGCCCUUUUAUGGCGUUGUAUCAAAGCUUUUCUAAUCUGCGCUGACCAUUCGGGAAAGUUCCGAUGCUUUGUAUCAUGGUUGUAUAUAUGCUUGUGCUGCCAAAGCAGCUUGGUAUUCGUCAAAAUUGCGCAAUAGUAAGUGCUAUUCUUUUUGUGUGACACUGCAAUUGAUUGCUGAUGUAAUUUAAUCCUGUAAAUAUUUAUUUACUUAAAGCUGUUCUAUGUACUGUUACAGUUGAUUGGAUAACCAAUGUAUAAUUGUUCUCUGG